AUGGCGCAGAGUGUCCAAGACUCUUGCAUGUGUAUUUGAACGCGCAUGUCAGCAAUGUUUCGACGCUCAGGCACGGCUGAAAUUUUGCGGUCGCAUCAAAAAGACGAUUAUCACCUGUCGUACCUGAGGAAAUUAUUUGCCGAUGUCGUUCAGACAAUUGCAGGGGCACGGAGAUGGAUGCACUGGAGGAAGGAACUUGACCUUCUCUCGGAUGCCGGCUACUUCCUGCUCACAACUCUUUCAGGCUGCCAGACAGUGGGAGAGGAGUAUGUGAACAUCAUCCAGACGGACCGGACGCUGCGUGCUCUGCCGGCACAGUGGCAAAGAGUUCUCAUGGUCGUGCUUCAAGUGGUCGCCCCGUAUGCUCUCCGGAAAAGUCUGGAAACUCUGGAGAAGAAUCUGCGAAACACUUCCUCACCAAACAUGUCUCCCAAGAUGAGAGAGUUCCUCAUUCAGUCACUGCCAACAUUCCGUCAAAUUAUCCUAGUUCUCCACAGAUGUCAUCUUGCAAUCUUCUACCUGGAGGGGAUGUUCUAUCAGCUGGCGAAACGUGUCAGUGGGAUACACUAUGUUCAGUACAUGGCAAAGAAGACUGAUGACACCGGCACGGACCCCACGUUCCGCAUCCUCGGCUGGGUGUCGCUGCUGCAGCUGGCGGGCAGUGUGGGGGUGCAGCUGUACUGUCUGUGGAGGAACAGCCCAGACACAACCCUCUCACACCGACACAGCAGCAUGUCGUCUGAGGAGGGUGUGGUCGAGUUGGUGACACCAGACAGGAAGUGCCCUCUGUGUUUGGAGGGGAGACAAUUCUCCACAGUCACUCCCUGUGGUCAUCUGUUCUGCUGGAAGUGUAUUCAUGAAUGGUGUCAGACGAAGGCCGAGUGCCCUCUGUGCAGAGACCAGUUUUCUCCACACCGACUCGUGUUUCUCCACAACUACGACACAUCCUGACACACCUGGCCACAAGAAGCAGUUUGAUGGACAAUACAGUGUGAUGGCUGAGAUCUGUGGUCUCCUGCAGGAC